UUUAGAAGGCAGCCGAGCUCCGAAGUUCCCUGAAUAAGCUAUAUUCCUACCACCUUUUUUUCCCCCCUGUCAGAGACGCCUGAGCCCCACACAGGAACCAGGCUGACAUUGUUCGAUAGCCACGGACGUUUCCACAGUAGCUGGGAGGGUCGAAAGCUCUUUCCGCUCUUUGUUACAAAAUUUUUUUUUUUUUUCCUUCCUUCUUCCAACUUUCCAGUUAAAGAAAAUCGCUGGGGCAUUUCUGAAUUAAUUCGGGCUGAGCUUCAGAGGAAAGAACAAGAGACAGGUGUAACUGGGUGGGAAAACCCCCAGGAUGCUAGUGAAGCUUUUGCUGCUCUGUAAUACAAUAGGAUUGGCAAAGCUGGUGGAGCACUCAGACCAUCGUGGACAUCAUGAUGGUUCGGUGCACAGCUCAGAGCCACGAGUUUAUGAGACCUCUGCAUACCCCCAGAGGACUCCUCUGUCACACCAAGAAGGUUACUGGGAGGCAGAAGGGCUCAGAGAGGAUACUCAAGAUUACCCUUCAAGUGUGAUUUCCUCACACCAGGAAGAGAGAGGGGAUUUUGAAGCUGCGAGCCCACAGUCCCGAAAUGGGAACUGGUGUUCCUUCCCGCAGUCCCGGCUGGUGACAUACAUAGAAGCCUGCAUGAAGGAGAAGUACAUUGUCAACUCCCAGCAGCCCUGUCCAAAUGGAACCCCUGACUGCCAGAAGAUCAUGUACAGGACAGCUCUGAAGCCAGUCUACCAAGUGAAACAGAAGGUUUUGAAGUCUUUGCAGUGGAAAUGCUGCCCUGGAUUUAUUGGCAAGGACUGUGAACAGCGUGAUCCUAAUUUUAUUCCGGUGCCAGGAACUGAAAUUGAAGGAGGAGAAGAAGAGUUCUCAAACCACAUGUCAACAUCAGUGGAUUCCAGAGAAAUGUUCGAAGUCAUUCAAAAUCAUGAGGCUUUACUGGAUGAUCUUCAAAGUGAUAUUCAUCAAGCAGUCAGCAACUUAGGUGACUUACAGAGGCUAUUUGAGAACAACGGUACGAGCAUGGUGUUAGAAGUGAACCAGAGCAAUUCAGAUCCACAGGAAAGGCUUCUGCAGCAAGUUUUGUUUCCCCACGUGGAGAAUUUUCUAAGGAAACACUUUAACCCAAUGUGGGCAAGCUUCAACAGAAGCUUACAGAACCUCUCCAACAUAGUAAGAAACCUGUCCCAUGACGUGGAAGCCAACAAGAGAAGCAUAGAAAGAUUUCGAGAGAGCUCUGUGCCCAGGAAGGAAUUCCAGGAGCUGGGAACUAAAUUUGAAUCAAAAGUCCAAGAAAACAUAGUGAGAGCUGAUCAGGUGAAAAGAGAUAUAGAGAACCAACUGCACAUGCAGCAGGCCAACAUUCACUACAAUCUCAGCAUGAUCAAGGCAGAUACUGACACAAAGCUCAAGAAGUUUCAUAAGAUACAGCAGACCCAUUUCUUAGCUUUGAACAACAGCAUAGCAAAGGUGAAACAAGACCAAAACAAUCUUGAAAAUAAAUUGGAGACUUUGGAAAGAAAUUUAACAGAACUCUCUUUGCAUCAUGGUCCCAAAGAUGAAAACAGCCAGACAACCAUCAGACAAAUAAAUGACAUUAUGGCAGGGCAUGCAAAGCAGCUUAAAGAACUUUACAUGGAGUCAGAUGUGGCCUUUCAGAAUAUUGCAAUUUUAGAGAGGUGGUUUAAGGAGUUAAAAAAAAAUAUCUCAAAAUAUAGGCCAGAAGAUCUUACAAUAACUUUAACUGAGAAAUCAGUUAUUAUGGAAGAAAACAAUGCAGCAAUGGAAAGGCAAAUAUCAGAGUUCAACUACACUCUGUCAAACCUUCAGGAAAACUAUUCAGAUCUGUUGAGGUACAUGGAGGAAUGUAAUUGCCAGAGAAUAUCUUCUGACACUGAUGUACUCGAGGAAGAUUCAAAGAAUAUCACUUAUUCCCUUGAAGACACGCAGUCAAAUUUAAAGGAUAUGAAGCACUUAGAGCCAGUUCUCAGAGAUCUCUUGAGGAAUGAAAUUGAAGAGCUCUCCUCAGCUAUCCCAUCUAUCCAUCUGUCUCUUAGUCUCCGUCAAGAAGAAAACAGACAGCUCCAGUCACAAGUCACAGCUUUGUCAGAAGACAUAGGCUCGAUGAAGAAGAAAGAUGAAGAAAUUCAUAGACACAUCAAGUAUCUCAACAGUUCUUUUGGCUCUCUUUUGGAAGAUGCCAUGCGGCAUGAAGUAGCACUGGAGGCUUUACUGAAAGAAGAAUUUGUGGAUGUCUUGUUCGAAGACGAUUUUAGCAUCCUAAUACCAUCAGUAUUUGAGCUGCAAGAAUCUCUCAGACAUAUCUCAGAUAAACUCCAAGAACAAAACGUGACUUUAGAGUCUCUUACAAGGAGAUCUCAUCUCUCAGAGAGAGGUCAACAGAAUAAUCAUGAUGCUCGUACACCUCCCAACCACCCCAGAGAAGAAACACAAACACCCUCUACUCUAGACGAAGUCAGCAGCCAAGGCAGCAUCAGAGAGCACAUGGAACCCAACUACGAGGCUGCCAAAGACGACUCCUUGGACAGCUCGGCUUAUAACGAUAUCAUGACUCUGAAGAAUGAUAUCAAACACCUGAGCCUGGCAAUCAAGAGUCGUGAAUCCAGAAGUGAUGCGCAUCUCUGCUGCAAUCACACCAUAGCAAAUGUAAUCGAGCCCCUCAACAGUUCUGUGGGGAUUCUCUCUGCAGAUUUAGCAACCAUCAAGCGGCAUCUGGACGAACAUCUGCUGAUUUUUAAAAAGCUAUUUGGAAGUAAUGAAGAAUUAGUUGCCUCAAAGAUAAGUCUGGAUGUUACAAAGAUUCAGUCAAUGCUGAACAGAAAAGAGGGAAGGCAACAGAAAGGUCAAGACAAGCAAAGAGACAAGAAAAGGCCUGAGAAGCACAGAGAAAAUAUGCAAGCGAUAAGUGGAAGAAAUACAGUGCACACAGAACUUUUGGAAAAAGACUCCUUGGUGGCAUUUCAUGUGGGAUUCUCAGAAGGAAAGGAUAAAGAAAAACCUGUGAAGUUUAAUGAAACAUACUUCAAUUAUGGGAACAGCUAUUUCCCUGAGCAUGGCCACUUUAAAGCACCACAUAAAGGCAUCUACCUGUUUGUCAUCUCUGUGGAGUUUAGUUCAGGACCAGCACUGGGACAACUCUCCUUUAGCCGUGGGUACAAAAGAACUCUCUCAAGUAGUCAGAGGAAAACACCAAAUGGAAACACCGUGACUACUUUUGCUAUGGCAGAAAUGGAGAAGGGGGAGACAGUAAGCUUUGAAGUGCUGCAGGGCUCUGUAGUGAAGAGAAGUCCACCUGGGACAACUAUGGGUGGAUUCCUAAUAUCUAAAACUUGAAUAGUGACAUUUAUGUUUUACUGAUCUCUUUCCAUAGAUGCAAUGGAUCCAUUCACUAUUGCUUCAUCUGUGAUGGAUUCAAUCCUACUGCAUGUGUUUAAACAUAGCACUACCCUAGGUUUGUCUUCAUGCUUCUUUUCUGGAAGUGUUUGGCUUUUGAUUAGUUGCUUAUGAGCAGCAAUGGGAUUUUCUUUCAAGUGAAAAGCUAAUGGUUUGGACUCCAAAUGUAUCAGCACACACAUUCCCAAACCCUUCCACUGCGAGAGUUGCACCUAAAUGUUUUGUGGGACUUUCUUCACUUAUAAUGCAUGUAAUUUCUCCUUUCCCUUGGCAAAUACCCCCACCACUGGCAAGGAAGACAUUUUAGAGAGGACUGCAUAUAGCAACUCUGGUACUAUGUGAAUGGUACCUCAAAACCCAGAAGCCAGGGCAAUUUUACCUUUUAGUUCUCUAUGGACCACAGGCAGUCACAGACUAUCUUGGAAACUUCUGCAACUCACUCCAGUGUGUUUAAGUCUGUGCACAACAGGAACACCAGCAGAGAUCUGUCAAAUCCAGUAAGAUUCACUCUAUGCUAAUAUUUGCAAGCAAGAAUAUUCUAAAUGGCCCAGUCUUCGUUUCUGGGCCUGUGUUGUAUUUCAGCUACACUGCAAAUAUUUAACAGUAAUAUAACAUUAAGAUGAAUUACAUCUUAAUAAUUUAAAAAUAUUGGUGAAAAUGCAGUUUAUUUCUAAAGAUAAUCCUGAAGACAAUCAUGAAUUCAGCCCAGAGUCCUGCAUUUAGUAAAUAUUUUAAAACCAAGCAAGCAAGCAAGCAAAACCAACAACAAAAAGGCAAGGUGAUUGGUCUGCUCUCAUUGUUGAAUAUACAUUUAUAAUAAGAGUAAACCAAGGAGCAGAAUUUUUGAACCUUGGGAUUUUUUUUUUUAAUUUCCAAAAAUCUCAAAAUGACCAUGUCUGGUCAUGUCCUAAGCUUUUCUUCUGUCAAAUAAAACAUCCCAAAGAUCUUCACUGUAAAGAAGUUCAAGUAUUGUAGUAUUUUUCUCUGUUUACCCUAACACCUUACAAAGCAAUAUUAAAGCAAUUAAAUUUGCCAAAUCGAAAUGCACUUUGAAAUUGCAAGUAUUUUUGAGGAAGAGGUAAAUUCUUAUUAUGUAAUUUGUGCCCUUUUAAGGUAGCAUUUUCAAACAGAAAUCUAUCCUGCUGUUAAGGGCUUUUCUCCCCACCUACUUGUAUUCAAACCAACGCUAAACUACAAAAUUUUUAAAAAACCCCAACCCAUUGGUACCAACACAUGUUGCACUUUGGGCAACAGUUUGACAAGCAGACAACACAUAUCUUCUGAAAUAAAACUACAGAACAGUUUCAGUUGGUGAGAAGAUUGCUACUCUCCAUCCUGAAAAAUCCAACAGAGCAAACAAUGAAAAAUUCUCCCCCAUCUCCUCCUGGCCAAUGCUGGUUUCCACAUGAGAUUAACAGGCCAAGUGUCCCAGUUUAUCUGGCACAGAGCCACAUUUCACACUGCUCUGCAGCAGGCAGCACACACUGCCUGCAAGCUCAGGGUCAUCUUCUGUCCCACAGAUUGUUCAAGUAUCUGAGGGAAGGAAGAGAAGAAAAAAAUGUAAACAGUGAAAUGUCAGAACUGAAGGGCAGCAUCAAACUUUAAGACUGGGUUCUUUCAGUACAAAGCUACUAUACUGGGGUGCCCCAGAUGUUUUUUUUACCAGUGCUCCUCCAAUUACAGACUGUUCCACAGUUAAAUACAGAUGAGGGAUAUGCAGAUAUUUAAAAACACUGCUUGUUUUUAAAGCUUUGACAGAAAGCUUCAACUGGAAUGAAACCCAUACCAUAGCUACUUGGAAAAGGACAUGGUAGGUAGUAGACAGGACUUGUAAAGGUUUGGUGUCCUUGUACUUACCAGAGGUUACUUUUGUUUAAGAAUACACAAGGUGAGUUCAGAGAUCACUGACCUCAGAGUGAAAAAAACGUUAAUAUAAAGAUGUUUUCAUAUUUGUAUUCUUCAAAUAUGUACUUAAGUUAGGCACCUGCAUAUACAAGAAGACACACUUGACUGGAAGACUCAUUUUCAGACUCUUAAGUGAAAAACUAAUGAAAGUUAAAACACUACUAGUUGCAUAAGCCCAGGAAGACUGACUUCCUUGUCAAGCAACAAGAUCAUUAAGCUACUGAGCUGUGGUUGUGUUUUUUUUCGAAGUAAUACACCAGAUCUUUCAUAAACUUCCACCUAAAUCACUUCUUGCAUUUUUUGGGGGGGUGGUGGUUUGGUUUUUUUCCGUAAGAUUAACGCAGCCACAUCACCAUGACCUGCAUUUCUAGGCAACGGACUAGAGGAAUCAAUCUAAUGAAGAUAAUUUAAAACAUAGCUAUUGGUUGGCUCAGUGGAUUAACAGGGCAACUUCCAAACACAAAAAACAACCUGAAGCUGACCAUAGGCAUUAGAAAGAGCUGCCUGUAAAAGCAGACAAGUUGCUUAAGUUUCUCUUGGAGGAGAGCGACCAGACUAACGUGCCUGAUGGCCACAUGUGUGCUCACUCCAAAAUAUAGAUACAUGUACUGUCAAUCUGUUGUUAAAAAUAAAAGCUUCCAACUGCUUUUAGUACUUCCUAGAAAUCUGCCAGAAAACAUUGCCAAUACUUCAAGUUCCUGAAUUUCCAGAUCAAACCACUAAGCUCUGUAAUAAGCUAGAAAGUUGUGCAUCUUAAUGCCUUCGUGGAAUUAUUUUGUUACUGAAACUUCUGCUGCUUUAUGAAUGUCAGUAUCUUAUAGUACUUCACAUUUUAAAAUUAAAGUCUCCUCAUGCUUUUUUUCUUUUCCAUUACUAAGAUGACCCCCUUACUUUACUCAAAAUCCAACUACUGAUUGUAUCGUAUAGAAACAAUUUUACUUUCUAUAGAUCCAUCAGUGCCUGAAUUCUACAGUCAGAUUCAUGUGAACUCUUUCAGACACGCACAUCAAGCCAGUCUCUGAAGACCAUGGAGGUCACCCCUCAUGAACCAGCCUCAGGACGUGGGCAGCCCACAGUAGUGGUCCUCUCACAGCUCAGAUUCACAGCUGAUGUGAACUUAAUGCAUUGACACCACUGAGAAAGACCAAAGUGGUGUUUUGGGAAAAGCUGAAGAUAAAGCUGCAGAAGGGAUUAAGGAAAUCAAUGGAAUUAUAUCUGAUCCUAUAUUAAAUUAGUGAUACUUCUCCAAUUUAUUUGAAAGCCUGUGAUUCAAUUCACUAACUACUCAGUUUGCUUUUUGGCUUGCACACAAAUAUACAUGUGGAGUGUUUAGACAUCACUAAAUAGAGUUGUUUCACUUCUUAGAUACUGAUGCAACCUCAUUAGCAACAUAUUUUUAUAGAGGUCAAAAAUACCUAUACAUAAAGGAUAACGUUUUGAUCUUUAUUAUUAGCAGGCAGUAGAACUUAUUUUCACUCUCCAAUGUUUUCCAAAGGCUCUUCCUGUCUUUAGGAUACAGCAUCACCCUGUGGUCGUCUCACGAAACAACACUGGGGAGGAAAAAGGGCUCGUUAAAGACAGGUGCAAAUAGUUAUCCUCCCUCUUUUCAUUACAUCCUCCUGUAACACCAACAUAAAAAUCCCAGUUUUAAAUCCAACCAUGAUCAGUGUAAUCAGUGAAGACAUUCCACAUAACAGCCACAGCGGUAGGAAAAAGGGUUACCGUGCCAAGAUGCUAACUACAAGGAGACCAAAACUUUGUGCAGUCUAAUUUCCUGGUAUUAAGGAAAAAAAGGUUUGAAACUACAUAGGCUAGUCUUCCACUGUACUUUCCAGAACUCUACUGCAAGAUUUUAACACUUCAUGGUACAGGGGGAACAAAUAAGGUUUAUAAUUAUCUUUAUAAUAUACUGAUAUCGGUUUAUAAUAUGUUCAGAUAACAAAACUUUCUAGCUAACGUAAAAAAACAUAUUUAAAUCUCCUGAUUAAAGGCAAAAAGAGAACAGGAAUUGAUCUUACUUCUUUUCUCCUUGCAAACUAAAAUUGAACUCUACAGAGAGUAGAAGCCGAUACGUUUCUGCAACGAGAAAACAAAUUCGGACACUUUAUAUAAUUGUGUACUCACAGCUGAGAUAUCCCCUUGAAUGGUCUUCAUUUGCUUGUAUCAUAUAAACCAGAGUAAAUUUAGCAGGCUAUACAGAAGCACCUGCAUAAUUUUGCAACCAACAGUACGUAAAUAUAUUAAGCUCAAAUCUCUCAAUCUGUGUAUUACUGCACAAAAAGAAUGUUGUACGCAGAGGGAACAAAAAGCCAUCACAUAAUCCCCCUCCCUUUGUUUUUUUCUCUUUUUACUUGAUGAGCUUGAGGAAAACUUAUAUGGAUAAAACCAACAUGUAGUGAACUUGCAUAUGUUCAAAUAAAAGUAUUAUUUAAUUUUGACUUGCUUCUGGCUUUGCUGUAAGACAGGGAUAAAAAUCAGGAGAAGGAAACACUGAUUUACUGUUGCGCCCAAAUUUAGUGCAAGGAAUAAAGAGCCUGAACUUAUAAAGCACCAAAUAAUUCUGAACAUCACUGAACAAUGAAAGUGAUCAUUAACAACUUAUUCAAAGGCUGUGGGGGAAAAAACCAAACCAUAAACGAGGUGUUAAAAAGUAGGGAAUUAUUUAGUUACAGUAUUAUGAUUUCCAAGUCAUUACAUUUUUAAGGCAAAAUCUUAUAGUAACAAAACACAUUACUAAUGUGUACUAAAAUAAGGUUAUUUACUUAAAAAUGAUACAUUGGACAUAAUCUGUGUACAGAACAAGCAAUUCAUGGUAAACUCAAUAAGGCACCUUCUAAAGCAGAUGCUGUACAAAAUACAUUAGUGUGUUACAUUUUUAUAGUAUUCUACACUUCUGGCAUAUAACACACACAAGAGUGUGACCAUUUGUCUCGUUCCACUCUUCUUUCAUAGUUUAUUUACAUCUUCUCUAGGUUAACUACAAUGUUAUUUUUUCUUCUUUGUAUACAAUAUAGUACAUUUCAUUUUGGGCAUGUCAUGUCAGAGCACAAACGUCACUACGUGAUGUGGGUGGGCCUCUAUAAUUGCAUUCAACGGCAGAACAUUACAAAGCAACAAUUACAUUAGAUUUGUCAAAAAAUCAGAAGUUAUGUGCACUCCACUUCUGCUGUACAACCAAGGCUAGUACACCAUGGCUCCAUAAAGCACCAUAUCGUGCAACACUGCCAGCUGCUUUUCCACAUCACCCCUCCUUGGAAUAAAGAUUGUGGGCACAGGAUAAAGACUUUUGACUCAGAGGCACUGUCAGGAGAAUGAGGAAGGGUUAAAUCAUUCUAAUAUUUCACGGAAAAUGAGCACGUAACUUCCCUUUAAAAAUAUCUGCAAUAGCAAAAGAAUGUUUUUUAACUUUAUAUCUCCGCUUUUCAAACAUUUUAGACCACUGAAAUACAGUCUGUGAAGAUAAAGUAGACAAAAAUGUAUCCAAAUGAUUUGUUUUAUAAACACAUUCAAAUGGUCAUUCAGAUCAAGAUCUAAAAUUUUAUUCUAGACUACUAUGGAGGUAACUUAAAAUAUUGAUUUUACAUUUUGUUCAAGACCUCAAAAAAGACUGACUAAGAAAAUAAUUGGGGAAAAGCAAUGGAUAUUGGGAAAGCUGUAUGUUUCUUGAGAAAAAUUUACAUUAAGUGAAACUCAGAAUAAACUGAAAAUGUAAGCCCACAUUUUUCUGUAGGAAUAUCAUGUUUCUUGUGGAAUUUAGAAGUUAACCAGGGACACCAAAAAAUUUCCUUUCAGUUGCUGUAACAAUAAGAAUUAUAUAAGUGACUCAAAAUAUUUUCCAUCUAACUGAAAUCACAUGGAGCAAGUUAAAUAAACACAAAAAAUCCCUCCAUAUGAGUGUUAAAGAACUUCCAAGGCACAGUCUUGAUAGUCCCCAAGAUAUUUUCCACCCACUUGAUAUUUGCAUUAAAAAAAAGAAAGAAGUCACCUUUGCCUGUUCUGGAGGACAUUUCUUUGGAUGACAAAUGCUUACAAUAUUGACCAAGAAAAUGAGAUUAAUCACAGUCCAACAGAUGAAUCCUAUUACCCUCCCUGACCUUAAAGGCUUCUGAACUCAACAACAUUGCAUGAAGGAACAAUUUACCUUUAGAGUCUGCACUAAUUGUGCUUAAUUACGUAAAAAUUAAUGGGCUAGCUUUGAGCAUAUUUUUUUUCCCCAAAUGAUUGUUAAAAUAUCCAUACAGACACACUUAGGCUCCAAACAGUGAAUGACUUUGCACAGAACACAGGUAUGUGCACAAGUGCUUUAUGCAACCACAUACUUUAGUGUUAACAUUUUGUUGGGUAUCAGGGAAUCAAGGAAGUUUCUGUUCAGGACCAUAAAAAUGACAUAUGAAUGAUACCUUUGAGUAUGAACCUCGUAACUGAAGUGCUGAAAAAUUAUGUUUAAGGCAAAAAGACUUUUUUUUCUCUCAAAAAACCCCAUCUUUGCAGCAGUUGGCUAACUUGACAUGAAUGUGUAAAUCAAUUUAGGUCCUAAGAUGUCUAACCAAAGAUCACCAUCCUAUUGCCUUGCAAAUGCCUAAACAAUGGCAAAGAAAACAAGGGGAAAAUUAUAAACUGUUGAAAUUCAUGCUUCCAGCAGGGGCUUCCUUAAGACUUGGGAAAAAUGAACUAAAAGAAUACACAAAACAAGUUUACAGCUCGUAACAACGUGGCAACUCCUAAAAGAAGUAACAAUAUUUUAAAUAGGAACGGGUUAUUUUAAACAGACCUCCAUGCUUUGAAAGUUUAAGCUAGCAGGGUACCUACACAAUCAUUUUUUCCUUCUUAUUGAUAAAAAUCCUAGGGAAGGAAAAAAAAAAAACAAACCUAUCCCUUACUUUAUUUGGCUUAUACCAAACAUUUUCCAUCUACCUGUGCAAAAAUUAUGUGCGAAGACAUGAUUCACAAUUUCAAAAUCAUCAUCUAUUUCUUGGCAAUGGACGGAGAAACUUUUUUUUUUAAAAGCCCUUUAUCAUGAGGAUUGUGGCACAUUAUCAUAUAUCUCUUGCUGUUUUCAAAUAAGUUAAAACCAUAGUUGACACACCUAUGAACUUCUCAGCCAGAAUACAUAUUAAUACUUAAAGGCAUUACUAAACAAAAGUAAUGACUUUAUUAAAAAAAAAAAAAGAAA